CCGCGCUGCUCGACGGCGCCCGCGCCGCCAGUCCCGGCUUCUGUCUGGUGAAGACCGUUGACAUCCUGGAGCAGUUCGUGCGGGAGGGAGGCCUGUCGGCGCUGAUGUGGGAGGUCUGCCAGCAGCAGGCGCAGGCUGCCUCACCCGAGUUACAGGAGACCCUGCUCAACAAAGUUGUGUGUCUCCCUGAUCACUUGAGCAACAAGCUGCAGGGGGAAAACUUGCCAAUAUUCCUCCCGCAAAACUAUUUCCCCUUACUGGGUACUGAGAUCAUCCAGGUGCUGCAGAGGAUCUCUGACUCACUGAGGGGUGGUUUAGACUGUUCCAUCUCCUUUGUGUCUCAGGUGCUGGGGAAGGUAUGCGUGCAUGGGAGACAAAAGGAAAUUCUGAGCACAUUGGUGCCUUGCCUGACUGAUCUUACUAAGUCUGACUGCAUCUGGCAGAGGAUGUGCUGGCGACUGGUUGAGUGCGUGCCUGACCGCUGGAUGGAAGCAGUGGUCUGUGGCUUUGUUCAGGCAGCACCAGGGGCAGAUGUCUUAUCUCGCUUGCUGGGGAACCUGGUUGUGAAAAACAAGAAGGCUCAGUUUGUGGUGACACAGAAGCUGCUGCUCUUGCAGUACAGUUGCCCGACGGCGAUGUUGCAGAAUGUCCUUGGAUAUCUGGCCCUAGACAACAGUCGACGUUUCCUACUGAUAAAUGUUCUGCAAGAACUCAUGGAGACUUGGGCCAGCAGCAGUGCAGUGAAACACUCACCAGUUGAGCAGCAGUUGUACAUUAGCAAGGCCAUCCUGAUUUGUCUUUCCCACCUGAAGGAUGUUGAAAUAGACAGCCACAGACAAGAGCUGUUCACAUGCAUGAUGGAAGGGAUGAAAUGCCACCUGGAUAGCAAUUUGCCACGCAUUCGGUGUCUGGGAAUGAUUGUGGCAGAGAGCAUCAGUUCCAGGAUAAAUACUGAUGGGCCCAUCCUGAAAUUCCAGUAUGAAGAAGAUGAUGAGACCAGAGAGCUGAAGUCCCUCCUGAUACAGAUGCCGUCACCACCCUCUGUCAUCAGUCCUCCAGAUGAAGGCAGGAAGGACAGUCCAUCUGCUGUGACAGAAGCUGAAUCGAAACCUGAUAGGAAACCACUUGCAGCAGCCUGUGCAGUGUCAGAGGAGGGGUCAGACUCAGAGCUGGACAGUGAUGACGACUUGAUCCCUUAUGACAUGUCUGCUGAUAAGGAACUGAAGAAGACAAAAGCUCCUUUGUAUAUCCGAGACUGUAUAGAAGUCCUGACUGGACCUGAAGAUGCAGACAAAUGGGAGGCCACGAUGAGGGUUCUGGAGACCUUGAUUCAAAGGAAUACAGCUGCUACACAAGAGGUGAGUGUGGAGCUGGCAAAAGUGCUGCUGCACCUGGAGGAGAAGACCUACAUUGAUGACUUUGUGGAACUCCGUCAGAAAGCCCUAGUGGCUGUCACCACCACAGAUCCAGUACCAGUGGCACAGUAUCUGACCUCCCAGUUCUACUCCCUGAACUACAGCCUCCGCCAGCGCAUGGACAUUCUGGAUGUUCUGGCCUUGGCAGCUCAGGAGCUCUCUCGACCCAAAGCUCCUGGUAAAAACAAACUCUCCAGCGUCCAGACUCCCUACAUCCAGAUCCUCCCCGGAAGUGACAGCUCCAAAGACUGGAGAAGGAUUGUGGAUGAGAGGAUCAGAAGUAAGACCCGGAGAUUUGCAAAGGGCCAGUCUCAAGUGGAGCUUGUUUGUGCCCCAAAUAAAUUCAGUUCUGUGGCUGGGCACUUCUUCUUCCCCCUGAUUCAGAAUUUUGACAGGCCUUUGGUAACCUUUGACCUACUGGGAGAUGACCACUUUGUGCUGGGAAGGCUGGCCCACACUUUGGCGAUCCUUUUGUACUUUGCUGUCAAUACCAUGGUAGCUGCUGCUAUGGGAAAGGCACUGCUGGAGUUUGUUUGGGCUCUGCGCUUCCACACAGACUCGUAUGUGCGUCAGGGCCUCCUGUCCUGUGUCUCUUCCAUGCUUCUCAGUGUCCCCAGUGAUCGCCUUCUGGAAGAUGUGACUGAAGAGCUUGUGGAAACCCAGACUUGGCUCGCUGAUGUAGCAGAGAAAGAUCCAGAUGGUGACUGCAGGAGGCUGGCGUUGCAGAAUCUGCUACUAAUGGAGAACCUGAAAAAGAAACUUGAAGCUGCCCCUUCCUAGGUUGAGAGGGAAAAGGCUUGAAAAGAGAAGUGACCUCUACCUAACACACUUGCCAGCUGGGUGUUUGUAGGCACUGCUGGGCCCCUUCACCAGUCACCUGGCUGAAGGAGAGGAAGAGUGGGGGGGGAAGGGUGUAGAGCUGAGAGCCAGGGAGCCUGGCUUGACAUCUGGACUUUGUAGUGGAGGCCAACUUAGUGAGCUGUUGCUAUCCGGUACUGAGUGUACAGAUGCAGGAAGGUACAUUAGUGCUGCCAUCCUCUCUGCACCUCCCCCCGUCUCCAACACACUCUGCAUUGGCUAUUUAUAGCCUUGGCAGAUUUGAGUGUUCUGCUAAAAAUAUAGAAGACCUCACAGCAGUCUUCUCCUCAGAAAAACAGGAGGAGUAGAUGUAGCCAUUUAGCUCCUAGGGCUAAGUCUGUGGUACAUCCAUAAUGCAGGAUCUGGUAUCCCCCAGUAAUUGGUUUUUGGCAGAGCGGUUAUCGAGCAACUCCGUGGGAUGUAGUAGCUUUUUACAGAGGCUGAUAUUGCCCAUGAUGCAUGUUGUUAAUAGUCACAGUAAGCUCCUGCCUACCAAAAAAUGUGCAAGACCUCAGAGCAGAAACCCCACUCUGCCCAGCUGAACCCACUGGACUGGCAUUCUGUUUACAAGGGAUGAAGCAGGCCUCUCUCCUUUGUGAGUAAUCAUAUUAUGGUAAGAAGCUGUGGAAGCCAAGGACAGGGUCAACUUGGCAUUCUGCAGUGUAUUAAAGAGAAACUGCCUCGGUCACUGAAGGCUGGAGUGUCUGCUUUGAAAGGCUCCUCCCAGCUUGGGGGGUUGAAACAAGUCAUUUGUUAGUGUUCUCCAAACUGAUCAAUGUGUGUGAAAUCUCACAAAGGAAAUAAAGCUGUUCUUCCUCUAAACAGGAGGACUAAUUAGCAUGAAAUAUGUGCUAAGGUGGCUGCUGAAAAUACAGGUUUUCCUCGCUUUAUGAGGGUUCUGUACGUGCAAAUUCACUCUUAUGUGAUGACCCUUUUUAUACCAAAAAUUUGUUAAAUGCCAGGUAAAUUCACUCUUACGAGAUCAGUGUGCUAGAAGCCUCCAGUCAGCUGCUUUAUGCAGUGCACUGUGGGAGUGACGUGCACUAAAAUAUAGUCUCCUGUGUCGAUCUGUGCUCCUCGCUUAUUGUCUGCAAUGCAUGUUUCUGGAGUUGUUAUUCCCAUUCUGAUACUGCCCUGUGCUUGUGUGUACUGUCUACUGUUGGUGAGUACCAAAAUUGUAUUGUAAAAGUGGUAGAAGUGGGUAUGAGGGUCAGUACAGUUCAGGUCUUGGAAUAUAUCCCUAUUUGUUACGUUGUAAAGUGGGUUGCCUUUAUGCGAAUUCAAGUUAUGUGCUGUUUUCCAGGAUUGCAUGUACAGCAUAAAGGGGAAAUCUGUAAACUGUUUCUGAUGGAUCUGGGCACAGUAAGAGCCUUAAAGGGACUAAAAUAAGGAUAUCUUGAAGGCAAGAGGAGAGACUGACUUCAUUUCUGUGUUUGCUGCUCCCAUGCUGGUUAUCUCUCUGCUGUCAAUCACUAGGUAGGGAGUCUUAAUUCCUGAAGUUGCUCUUGGAACACCUUCAGAGUAAAACCAAGGGCAGAGCAGCUGGACUUUACUUAAUCAAAUGUUAGCUGUUAAACUCCAUUGUGUUAGGAAACAGGCUUUGUGGGGAUUUUUUUUCUUU